AUGGUCCAACGUUUCGGCUUACCUUCAACCCUCUGCUGGACGACGAACGAUACCAAUACUCCGCACACCAUCGAAGUCGAGAAGAUGCACUCCCCGCUCCCCGACUCCAGCGCCCUCGAAGCCGGUCUCCUCGAAGACGACAGACCUUCUCAUUCCUCCCGCCUCUCGCGCGUCCAAGAUAAUGUCCGAAACUUGUUACGCACCUCCAUCUUUGGUUCUGUCAAGAGCUCGCCCACGACACCGACGCAUCCGCCAGCGCUGAGAACGAAUAGCGUUCACGUCGUAUCGAUCUGCUCUCCUAAUGAACCGGAGGUGCUGCCCAGUCCGACAGAAGUGGCUACACCUCCAGCACGGUAUCCUCAGACAUCGAGAGGAGAGCUGUUUCCGCCGACACAGUACCAGCAGCAAGUCCAAGAGAUGGCACGACAGUCGAUGUUGUUCAACACGAGAGCAGUGGCGGCGCUGAAUCAUCCUGAUUUGAGUGAUCCUUCUGUCACAGAGCUUUCGCAGGUUAAGGAACAAUCCCGGCCUAGGAUUGGAUGGACAAGGCCGAAGAAGAGGUCCAGAAGGACCAAAGCAGCAAGGAGAGCGGCUGGGUCGCGUGGUGUGCUGUGCUUGCUGGCAUCGUUGCUCUUGGCUGCAUUGGUUGCGACUUAUGUCUCGAUCGCCACCACGGAGGUUGACUUGACACCGACAUUCCACAUCUUGUUCGUCCUUGGGAUAUGCCUCGCCACAAUCGUUUUCGCACAUUCGGUGAUUCGACUCUUCUUCAUCGGCAGAAGAUCCCGGCACAAGCCGCUGUUCGUUACGGUCUCUCGACAUGGUCAGCACAGAUAUCAUCAUCGCCCAGGACAUUCCAGAAGUCAUCCUUCACUGCGGCAGAUGCCCUCUCUGUCGGCGGAGCACAACGCCUUCGUGCCAGACAGACCCAUACCAGUCUCGCUCUCAUCAGACGAUAUUCGGCUCGAUCCGAAUGUGGCAGGGCCGACCAUGAUUCCACCGCAAGAUUGGGAUAAGGAGGUCCACAGUGUCCCGAAUCCACCCCCAGCGUACGGUCGAUGGCGUGGAAGUGUCCGAGCAGAUCCCGAGUUGCUGCAUUGGCAGGCUGUCCCUGCGCCGCGGAGCCCUGCUACGCCAGCACUACCCUCGCCAACGUAUGAGGAGGCUGGCCAGAUUGAGUCGCCGCCGAGCUAUAUGACGAGGGAAAGUCCGGCGAGGCUGCGGAGGGAGGUGCGAGACGUGCGAGCUGGUAUUGCGCGGUCGCAGGUGGUGGAGCCGGAAAUGGUCGAAGCCAGAGGCGCAGGCGCUGGUGCUGGCAGCGGUGUAGGACAGGCCAUGUAG